AUGGUCAAUGGCGAUUAGCGGGUUGUUAUAAUCUAGUUUAUUGGUCUCUGGUUAUAAUCUCGAAUUUCUGUAUUGUGUCAAGUUAUGUCAAGUCAAGUGGGUUAAAAAGUGACAAAUGUGUAUGUGCUGUAAGCUUAUCUUCUGAAAAGAUCUUGAACAGUUGUGAAAAUUCAAUAAAAUGUUACUUGGUACAAUAAUAACGUUAAGUAAAUAAUUUUGUAAUUAAGAUCGUACAAAGAUAGGACCUACGAUGUUACCUAAAGUAAUUUUUUUAUUCGUUACUCUUGUAAAAUUAUCACAUUGUUUUUCCGAUGUCGGAAAAUGGGAUUUACGUUUAAGUGGAGAGAGUUGCAUGUUCACAUUGGCUAAAUCACUAUUCAAGGAUACAAAAUUGAUCAUCGCGAUGCAUUGCGAUUCGGCGGUGCCAAUGAACAUAACGUACGAAUGGUCGCCAACACUUUGCUCGCCGGACUACUUACAUUACUUCGAACAGCAAGUGGUCGCAUGCUCGAAUAGAGUGGAGAGAUCCGUGAGCGAUGGCAACAAUACAAGUUCAUUGCAAGUGAUGAGUGUAUCCGAAACUAGGACUUGUCACAGUAACAGUUGGUUGAUAUUCGACGGCGGCAAGAACAAACCCUCGGAAGUGAACACCGAAGUUAUUACGCAGUCGAAAUUGCCGCCAGUUCUAACCGUGGAAAAGGAAGGUAUAUACGUGCUCAAGAUGGCAGUCCGGAGUAACACGAAGUUCAACGCAGCCGUACGCAUCGAGAUGGUGUCGCCGUCUGGGUAUCUCUCCGCUGCAAUAUGGCCCUUGUUGCCGUUCUUCGGCGUGAUGUGCGGCGUGUACACGGUGCUGUGCGCGUGCUGGCUGGGCGUGUGCGCGCUGCAGUGGCGCGACCUGCUGCGCAUCCAGUACUGGAUCGGCGCCGUGGCGCUGCUCGGCAUGCUCGAGAGCGCCGUCUACUACGCCGUCUACUCCGCCAUCAACAGAUCGGGUUAUUUCAACGCGGAGGCAUACAUGGUCGCCGAAUGGAUAUCGGUGGCGAAACGCGCGUUGGCGCGGAUGCUAGUCAUUAUAGUGUCUCUAGGAUUCGGUAUUGUUAAGCCGCGGCUGGGCCCGGCGCUCGGCUGCGGCGCGCUGUGGGCGGCGCUGGGCGCCAUCAACGCGUGGCUGCGGCUGCACCACAAGGCCGACGACUCCAACCGCGACCUGCUGCUGUCCGAGGUGCCGCUGUCGCUGCUGGACAGCGCCAUCUGCUGGUGGGUGUUCGUGAGCCUGGCGCACACCAUGCGCACGCUGCAGCUCCGCAGAAACACAAUAAAGUUAUCGCUGUACAGACACUUCACAAACACGCUGAUAUUCGCAGUGAUAUCGUCCGUUGUAUUCAUGUUGUACUCGAUCAAGUCAUACAGGGUUCUGCAGUGUAUCACCGAAUGGAAGGAGGUGUGGAUGGAUGAGGCGUAUUGGCCCAUUUUGUUCGUGAGCGUACUCACCGUGAUCAUGAUACUGUGGCGACCUACCAACAACAAUCAGAGAUAUGCCUUCACGCCGCUACUUGACAACGCUGAAGAUGAUGACGAAGAAGAAGAACAAUUUGUGAACGACGCGUAUGGUGUUAAAAUGCGCGGAACAACGAACAGUUCGUCGGGUGACGUCGAACAGAGGGAUUCUCAGCCCGAUCCCAGCAGCAAUUCUCUCGAUUCAGAUCUGCGCUGGGUCGAGGAGAACAUACCGACGAGCACGCUUCCCUUACUAGACUCAGACGAAGAAAUCAUUAACACAAAGUUCGAAGUCUCCAAAAUGCAAUAAUUACUUAAGCGAAUUCUCAUAUAAAGUAUUAUUUAAACUGU